AUGUCCACAACACAAAGAAUCAUUAGUUUGUACGAAAUAUUGGAUGAUUCACUAGCUGAAUACGAAUUAUAUACGAAUGAAGAAACAGAAAGCCAACUAUUUGCAUUGUUGCUUAACAAUAUGUCAGCUGCUGAAAGAAAACGAGAGGAUUUUUCUUUCAAAAAUGAGGUUGUUUGUAAAAUAUUUGAAUAUCUGAAUAGAAAGAUAGGAAAGGCACGAACAUAUGACAUACUGAACAGUUGUCUGAUAGUUAAAAGCAGUGAGACAACCAAGGAAGUCAUUUGGGCUGGAUCAAAUGCAACUGUAAAAAUGGAAGCAAAUAAGCAAUUUGUAGACAGAUCGUGUCUAUUGAAUCCAAAGCAAACUAAUACCAGCUAUUUGGCAACAUUCAAAGCCAUAAUAAACACAAAACAAUACCAUAUGAUGAAAGAAGUUACAUACAACAUGCAAAAGACUAUUGAUUUGAUUGAAAAUAAGGUACGUGAAUUUGUGGAUAAAUUCAAUACUCUACACACGUGGCAGAUCUGUAAGAUGUGUGUGAGAAGCUCAAAGGAAGCAGAAUACGAAGAGAUGGUCAAUUUUCUAUUCUGUAUUUCCAAGAAGUGUCUGAAGGGCAUCUUCACAUUCAGGCAAUUCAGAAUAUUGAAGGGGAAAAUAACACUGUUUGUGUACAAGAAUAAAAUAGAGAACAUGAGUGCACAAGAAUGCUGUAAUCAUAUUGACAUGAAGAAUGUGAAGCUGUUUACAGGAAAUAGGUACACAAGAGAAGAAAACAUAAUAUGUUCUGCGAUGUUCCAGAACUUUAUGAUAACACUAUUUCAGCAGUUUUAUACACAUUUGAUCAAUAAGCAUUUCUAUGUCACAGAGAUGUCAGGAAGAGGGUUCAGGUUGCUGUAUUUUAACAAGGAUUGGUACCAAAAGGAGACCAAAAGAGUCUGUGAGGAAUUUGUGAGUAGCUGUAAAAUUGAAAAAUGUAGCUCGAGUAGUCAAAGCUAUGGAAGUAUCAGGGCGUUGCGUAAGCAGGAUGGAUUCAGGAUAAUUACGAACUACAAGAAAGUCAAUUAUCCAUUCAAACCAAUAAUUGGCAUUUUCAGAAACAUUCUAAGGAAGAAAUAUGAUCAUCUGAUUUUUGGAAACAGUGAUCGAAUCAAAGAAUUAAAGGAGCAUCUUGGUACAAAGACCGAGAUGAAUUACAUCCAUUCAUUUGAUUUGAGCAAGUGCUAUGAUCGAAUAGAUCAGCAGGUUUUAGCUGAAUGCGUCAAUAUGCUAUUUCAGGAAAUAGAGAGCAAUAGCGACUUUUUUGUAAACAAAUGCAUAAAAUAUACAUUUGAUGAAAUAAAACAGAGAUACAGACAUCAGAUGUGUUACAUUAACGGCCCAAUAAGCGACGGAAACAACCUAAUUAAGGAGAUCAAGGCCAUAAAAUACACAAAACAGGAUAUUAGUGAAAUAGUUUUGUCUGGUGUGUCCAAUCACUGUAUAAAAUACAAUAACGAGUUCUAUAGAUUUGCGCUUGGCAUUCCACAGGGUAUGACAUUAUCAACAUAUUUAUGUGCAUUAUAUCAGGCAAAUCUCGUUGAAAGACACUUUGGCUUCAUCAAUGAUGGCCUACUAUUGAACUAUGUAGAUGAUUUUCUAUUCAUAACCAGCAACAAGAAAGAGAAUGAUGAGUUUCUUGCUAAAAUAGAGAAUUUUGAUUAUGAAAACAUGUUGCUCAAUCACAAGAAAACUCAAACGAACCAAGAAUGCGUAACUUGGUGCGGAUAUAAAAUAUACAACAGUGGAUUCAACAUCAAAUACAGCUAUGAGACAGUGCAUUUUGGCUACAACUUUGCACUUCCUACACACAAUCCAGGUAGAAAUAUUAAAGAAAAGAUCAAGAAAAUUCUUCAGGUCAAACUGAACAAGCUGCUGAUUUCCAAGAAGAAUCCCAAGUGCUAUGAGAACAUAUACGACAUAUUUCUGUAUGUGUUUGGUGUAUUGGGUGUGUUAUUUGGGAGAUGUGAAUUUGUGAAUGUUGGUUUUGUACGGAAGGUAAUUGAUGAAAUUGUAUUACAGGUUAAAGAAUCUAUCAGAUGCAAUAGCCAGUUGAUUGAUAAGAUGGCUGAAGAUGCACUCAACAAAACAGGCCUUCUGAGCGUUGAGCCCAGAAGAUUCCAAUAA